UUUGCCAGGAGAUUGUUUUCCCGGAAACAUGGAGUAUUUCAUUUUAAAAGGAUUCCUGAUGCUUUUCUUGAUGCAGCACUGCACAUCUGACGGUAGGGUGACAUUCUGCAGCUACAUCACAAGAUGAGACGUAUUGCAUGUAGAACAUACAGUAGCCUGGGUUUGGUUUCUGACCAGCGUCCCAACACCCAAUCUACGGGACACCUGGGAUGAACGAGUCAAAACCAAGGGAUAAAGUAUGAAUGAAUAAAUUAACACCAUAAACAAUUUGGCAGUAAUUGUUAGUAGCAGUAACAGUUCAAGGCCUCACCGAAUAUUUAAUUAUGUCCGUAGACUUGCCAACCUCUAUCCAAUCCUCCAUGGCUCCGCCUGAAGAAAUAUUCACUGACCCCCAAGAAGCAGAACGGCCUGCAGCUGAGGUGGUCGCUCUGGUUGCCCCACCAAAUCUGGAAGAUGUGCAUCAAGCUGUGCAGGAGGCCUCAGACAAGGUAGAGGGCGGUGGGGCUGCGGAAGUACUGAAGGAACUUCUGGAAAGGGUGGUGGAAGCGGCUCUGGGACAGGUGGAAGGGAAACAGAAUGAGCCUGGAGAGGAUGUACAAGAGGCUGAUGAAGGAGGAAAAACUGACGCUGAAUUGUCAGAGCAGGUGUUGGUCGGGAUGUAUAAUGUUGAGGAAGAGGAAAGGGAAACUGUAGAGGGAAAUAGGGAAACCAUAGCUGAUACCAUAGAAGAGAGGCCAGCAACUAGAGGAACAACUGGAGAUGGAGAUAUUGAUGAAUCUCUAGAUGCCGAAGUUGGUCAGAAAGUUGGAGAGGAAACCUCCGAAGAAACACAAGCAGAUUUAGCAUUUGUGAUGUUAGAAGGCAAAGUACAAACAGAAACAACUCAAGUAGGCCAAAAAGUGGAAGUUGGAGUUGUUGAACCAGGGACAAUUCCAGGUUCUGACUGGCUCCUGGGGGCUGACACGGAGCAGAUAGAGACUGUAUGGGCCACAGAAGAGUCCCUGGGGAAGGGAGCUCAGGUGGAUGAGGUGGAAAGUGAAGUGAUCACACUACUCUCUGAUAAUGAUCAUAUGGAGGCUACACGAUCUGUGGUGGAAGACUCGGUCGUGGUGGAAGAGAAUAACCCAGUGAACGAGUCAAACAACGAGCACAUGGGGAAAGAAGCCGUAGACGAUAUUGCGUUUGCGGGUGCAGAAACUGACUUAAAGGGAGGGGAAGUAGAAGAACACACGGUUAUGGAGUCAGAAUGGGAACCUUGGGUGAACGGUGGGGAUGACCAACAAGUUGCAGUCGAAGAUACCACAUCACGGACCACAAAUCAUAGUCAAAGAGAGGAUUCAGGUAAGAGACUCGUAAAAUACAGCAGAGUGAACAAUGGUGAAAUAUGACAAGUAUGAGUGUGCUCUUCUUAUCUGGCAGUACCCGACCUCCAAAAGAGGAUUUACAACCCUUUCAACUUAUCAGUCUUGUCAUCUUAAUUGCUACUUGCUCAAGCUUACAUUGAUGAAUAACCUACUGUACAACAAAAGUGAUGUAUUGGUCUCAGAAGUACCAAGAGCACACCAAAAGUGCAUGACUAACCUUUCAGAGGCCUGCCAACCACAACCGACCAGCCUCAUCUCCACAUCCUUGUACAUUCCAUAGGUCAAGUCGGCAAAUCCUAAACCUUGGCCUCCGCGUUUCAUUUUCAUUUGUGUGUCAAAUACCAACCUCCACUUCUAGAAGCACUGCUGAUCUCUGCCUCAGAGCCCGACGAUGGUGCCGAAGCCUCCAUAGAGCAAGAACUACAGAAUCCGGCUACCAACCUGAGCCUCGGCGAGGCUGGUGAGGAAUCUGACCACGGCAAUGAGAUCCUAACCCCUACCGACGACCUUCUCGCGCGUGGUUCCAACGUGGCUCGACCGACAUUGGGCUAUUUUGUGAGAGACCAUCUGGUGAUCCACCCUCAGGCAAGAGGAGAAGACUCAGAUUCUGUGGAUGGGAUGAAGGAAACCAAGGAGACGGGUCUGGAGUCAUGGAAGAUCAGUGCCAUCAUCGCCGCAGUCUUCCUCCUGCUGGAAACAGCCAUCAUCGCCAUCUAUGUCCUUAAAUGUCGUAACAAGAACAGCGGCCUGACUCGACAGCGCUCGUGUGAGGAAGUCUCCGUGGAACCGGAGGCCACGACUGCCGGAGACUGCAGUGAUGACACGCUUCCUGCGGCCAAUGGCGACUCACAACAGAUGUCGGCACCAGACCAGUGUGAUGUGGCAACAACCCUGGCACAAAACCCUGAGGGCCCCCAAGGGCCACACCUGAUAAACAUGUCAAACCUGCACAUCUCCACGGAGGACUCGGCCAACACUGGACCAGGACCUGAGUCCUUGCUUCGGACUUCCAUGCUCUAGACUGCUUUGCAUGGUUAAAUGAGGUGAACCCUGGGCCCCCAAGGGCCCCUGCAGACAGACAGGAAGUGAGCAUGGAGGAGUUGGAAUGAGAUAAGGUAACAUGAACAUGUG